GGAACGCAUUUUAAACGCUUUGUUAGAUAGUGAUUACGAAGCCCAUCUGUUUUAUAAUCAUGCAGCUGAAUGGAAAGAUCGCCGUUGCGAUCGUGAUCUGUGCGUCAGCGCUAUUCUUUUACGCACAUGGUCAGUCCUGUCCGGAGCGAAAUGGUCGUUAUCCCGUGUCCGAUCAGUGCGACGCUUAUACUGAAUGUGUUGAUGGUGAACCUAAACGACAGCUUUGCCCGGAUGGAUUGCUGUUCAACGACAAGGCAUCAUUGUUCACUUAUCCUUGCCAAUAUCCGAUCGACGUAGACUGCGGAAGCCGCUCGAGAACCCAACCACCGAUCCCGACGGAAGAAUGUCCACAUCAGUUCGGCUACUACAAGGUGGGCGAUCGGGCCAAUUGUGGACAGUUCAAGAACUGUGCCGGUGGAACAGCUUUCGUGCUUGAUUGUCCCACGGGGCUCGCCUUCAAUUCGGCCACAUAUCAGUGCGAUUGGGCCGACCUAGUGGAGGAUUGUGAUGCUGAGGCGUAUCUAGGCUUUAAGUGCCCUCCCCAGGCACAAGGACUGAUUCAACCGGUGCGGUUCUUCCGUGCACCCAACGAUUGUCAGAAAUACUUCCUGUGCGUUGACGACAGGCCGAGAGUGAACUUCUGCGGCCCGGAACAGGCCUUUAACGAGCUCAUCAACGCGUGCGACGGUCUCGCGAACGUCACCGGGUGUGCUUAGGAUCUCGUUCCUAAUAUUCUCAAUACGUUCCAUAUCCUCAAUUAAUUCACUAAAAUACUCGAAUCAAU